UCUUACUUAAAUCUGGCAGACAUUGCUUCAAAACAACACUGUUUGGAAGAAAUUGAGAAAUCAUUACAAAAACUUAUUGCUGAUAUACAAGUGGCUAAGAAGAAAGGUGAAUUAUGGCUUCAGAAUCGGGACCCAUUGGCAUGCACAAAAAUAAAAGAGUUUCUAGGUGUCAGCACCAACGAAAUAUUGCAAACGUGUUUGACUCUUGGAAAUGAGUUCUUACUUAACUCUGGCAGACAUUGCUUCAAAACUACACAGUCUGGAAGAUAUCGAGAAAUCAUUACAAAAACUUAUUGCUGAAAUACAAGCGGCCAAGAAGAUAGGUGAAACGUGGCUUCAGACUCGAGAUGAAUCUACAUAUACAGAAAUAAAAGAGUUUCUAGUUGGUCGCACUAGCGAAAUAUUGCAAACAUGUUUUUCUGUUGGAAGUCAAAGCAUAAAUCAAUCAUCUGAAACUACAACACUUCAAACUGUGGAAGAUGGUGAGUCUGCAACUGUCUCCGCUUAUGAAGACUUUCUUUGCAUACAGACUUGUCAGUCCUAUGCCCCAUGUGUAGAAAACUGCACUCAUAUAAUAGGUCAACAUGAACAGGUUAUAACAGAAGACAACGUUGUUGAUGUACAGAAACACCUGGCAGACUGUACGAAGAAUCCAGGUCAUUCAAAGUUUAUACCUGUUGACUCAUUUAGUGUUGACCAUCUACCUGAGCCUCGCCGUAACAGUUAUUUACAUGCCUACAUUAAAUCUUUGGCUAACCUGACUGUGAAAGUAAGUGUCACUCUGGCCAGUCCACAGCGACCGAAAUUCUGGCCAGGAACAGACGUUCCAUAUUUUUUGUACGCCAUGAGAGGAAGUCGACAUCUGAGAACAGGGAGCGGCAGAGUGAGCAACGUGUCCCACCACAUCGACAUAACCUGUCCAUGUCAGAAUUGUUUCAGUUCCAAUGAUUGGAACUCUGAGUGGUGGGAAGUCGAAGUACUCACAGCAGCGAAUCUUGUUUUUGACAAUGUCGAGGCAAGUCACACAACCGUGAGAUUGUUUUAUGAUAACGAAGACAGUCCCGAUGUUACUUUGUGCGGUGAUGCCAGGGUGGGUUGGAUAAACAUCAACAAAGACAAGUGUUUAUUGAAAUUUGUGACCUGUGAUGAUAGACUGGGGGGAAAAAUUCAGGAAGCCCUAAAGCAUUACGAAUCCGUAGAAAAACUGUUAUAUGAAAACUAUCGCGAUAUUUAUUCGGGAGAUCAAAGAUUUAUGUGGAUAGUUUCCCACCCACACGGAGGUUCAAAACAAAUCAGCCUUGGAACCUGGAAGUAUAACUACAGUGUGGCAAGUGAAUAUAAGCUUAUCUACACAACUUGCACAUGCCCAGGAAGCAGUGGAGCUCCCAUCAAAGGAGUAAGAUAUAGGCUGAAUGUCCACAGUGGCUGUUUAAAGUCAGGUCUAAGUUACAGCUGUUUAACAUGAGUCAUUUUACUAUGUUUGUAUUCAUGGGAACUUCAUGCCACUAAUUUGUUUUGAAUUGUAUUAAGUAGAAGAUACUUUUUUUCGCUACAUUGUUCAUACUGUAAUGAAUCUCAUUAUCCAGGCUCUCUGCAAACUGCACCACACGACACCAUCAACUCCAAAUUAACCCUUUAGAGCAGCGGUUCUAAACUUUUAUUAUAAUUACCUGACCCCUUUAAUAUUAUUCCCUGCUAAGCGGCAACCCCGCAAAUGUAAAAUUAUUUUCAUUCAUAGUCCUAACUAACUUUACUAUUGCUAAAGUUUUGAAUUAGUAAUCGUAUAGCAUGAUGUAUUUUCAUUGUUAGAAACUGAUCAUAGCCACAUUGUUAGAAACUGAUUAUACCAAAGCUUUAUGUAAUUUUAAUGUAAUUAUUAAAUUAAACCAUUUUAACUUAUUAUUAAAAUGUUCCUGGAAUUGUCCUGAAAUUAUAAAAUAUAAGAAAAAGUCAUGAAAAUCUCCUGAAAUUAUUAAAAUCUUCUGAAAACUGAUGCAAAUCUACUUAAAACAGACAAAAUUGUCAUUUCAGGGUGUCGCCAAUCCUACUCGCAAUUAAAAAAAAAACGGUAUGGUAAGCUUUCAUUAAAUAAAAAUGUAAUAGUAAGCCGAAUUUUAUUCAAAACAAGAAGUUCAAAUACUUAAUUUACUUUAAUAGUCACUGGCAUACAAAUAUAGAUCUAAAUUUAUCUCGACCUCUUAAAAAAAAACAUCAAAAGCGAUAUUUUGCUAGUCGAUAGUAGGCCUAAAUCUAAAAGGCAGAUCUGAAUGUUUAUCGGCUUUUUGUUGGGAAAACUACUAUCUACUGUAUAUGGCUCGUAAAGUUAAUUUGACAGUGAUUUUGUACUUAGUAAAGUAUAAAUAAAAUGCAAAGACGAAUUUAUUUUCUAAUACAAAGUCUUAAUUUUCACUUAUUAUUCUUAUCACAAUCCAAAUUAGGCCCCGCGCAAUCAGUUUCGCAUAGGGCCCCGCAAUCUGUAGGACAGGCCCUGACGCCCCCAAAAUCCAAAACGCACACGAGAACUCUAAUAUCGUUAUACGUUCCCUCUCCGGCCCACACGAAUUAAAGGUAAGUCCUACGUUGCAAUCUUUUACUGUUUUUUUCGGCUCUUUAAUUAAAUCUAUAUGUUCUUAUGUUGCUUUUCCACCUGCCGCAACCCACACACACAAACGCUGUCAAAUUUUUGGCCCUUUUUAUUGCAAUGACAGCCCUCAAUUAUUUUUUAGCUUCCUCCAAUUGAUCAAACCCUCACCACACACUUUUUAGCUUUUUGAAUUCUAGAUCUAAAUACUGCACUGUUGGUUAGUUUGACCUUUUUUUCUUUUGCAUCUUUUAGUAAUACUAACAACAUACGACACCGCUAACAUUUCUAUAGGCCAUCAUUUUUUAGGUCUAGAUGGAAGAGAUGCUUUUUUCUGUAGGCCCUUAUUGAUUUCCCCAUUCUCGUUCCCAACACUACAUUUAUUUCGGCAUUGUGCCCUCUAAAUAAAAGGAAGUAUCAAUUUUUAGUGUUUAUUUGAAAUAUGUUGAAUGUAGCAAAACGACAGUGCUACAUAGUAUCAUUCC